AUGCUGCCCCUGCUCGCCGCGCUGCUGGCCGCCGCCUGCCCGCUGCCGCCGGCGCACGGCGGGGCCACGGGUGCGCCCGGCCUUUCCGGGACGCCCCCGAACGCCUCGGCCAACGCAUCCUUCACCGGCGAGCCCGCCGCCCCGCGCCUGCUGGCCUCGGCGGCGCCCGCGCCCCCCGAGCGCGCGGGCCCAGAGGAGGCUCCGGCGGCUCCCUGCAACAUCAGCGUGCAACGGCAGAUGCUGAGCUCGCUGCUCGUGCGCUGGGGCCGCCCUCGGGGCUUGCAGUGCGACCUGCUGCUCUUCUCUACUAACGCGCACGGCCGCGCCUUCUUCGCCGCCGCCUUCCAUCGCGUCGGGCCACCGCUGCUCAUCGAGCAUCUGGGGCUGGCGGCCGGCGGCGCGCAGCAGGACCUGCGCUUGUGCGUGGGCUGCGGCUGGGUGCGUGGCCGCCUGCGGGCCCCAGCCGGGGCUCCCACAGCGCUGCCGGCCUACCCCGCGGCUGAACCCGGGCCGCUGUGGCUGCAGGGCGAGCCUCGUCACUUCUGCUGCCUGGACUUCAGCCUGGAGGAGCUGCAGGGCGAACCGGGCUGGCGGCUGAACCGCAAGCCCAUCGAGUCGACGCUGGUGGCCUGCUUCAUGACCCUGGUCAUCGUGGUGUGGAGCGUGGCCGCCCUCAUCUGGCCGGUGCCCAUCAUUGCCGGCUUCCUGCCCAACGGCAUGGAGCAGCGCCGGACCACCGCCGGCGCCCCCGCGGCCGCUCCCGCCGCCGUACCGGCAGGGACCUCCACCGCCGCCGCCGCCGCUGCUGCUGCUGCAGCCGCCGCCGCCGCGGCCGUCACCUCGGGGGUGGCCCCCAAGUGA